CUAUUCGAUCCGAUCGGGACAUUCUGAUUCACGAUUCAGAUUCACGAAUCGCCAGCCCGUGCAAGCGGACACAGGAAGCCGCUCGGCCACCUACAUGCCCUAAAGCUUUCACUACCCUGACUUGCUCUUGGUGCGAGCGAUGAAGCAGGUCGUCCAAGGCGAUCACCUCAACGUUUGACCUGCCUCUGCGCCUGAUCACCCAAACAUCGCUCGGCGCUCCUCCUCGUCUUCGACACUCGCUAAGCCCUGCGCCCAACGCGCACCUCCACUCAACAUGGCAAACUCAAGAGCGGAGCGAGUAGCGGAUGGAACAGUCAGUCCCAAUCACUCUGUGCGCUCUUCCAUCUCCAUGCACACUACAGCACGAGGACGAGAGUUGCGAGCGGAGUCACCGAGCCAAGGAGCGGCCGGUGCGUUUGAAGAUGAAGAUGACGAGGAGGCUGACGCUUUGCGAAGUAUUUCGGUGGGUCGAGAGGAAGGAGUGAACGGAGCUGCGUGGGACGAGUCGGAUGAGGAGGAAGAGAACGAAGAAGGAGGAGAAGAGGGUCAUACGGACUCGGAAGAUGAGGGUGCUCCCUUGGCUCUGUCCAGCGGCGGACACCAAGAGCGCAGAAGGAUUGUCAGACCAGUCCAGAGCACCAACGGUGAAGAUGAAGCGGAGCGGGGUGGCGGAAGAGCCAGAGCAGACUCUUAUCUCCAAACGCUCAAACCCUCUUCUACUCGCACGAAGCGCUAUUGGAAGUGGCUCACUCACUCCUCACCAGCGCACGCCUCGCUCUCAGCGCCUCACGUCAGCUCCAACUUGUUCGCUGCCUCGCUCCAUCCUGCGGUUCUACUCUCCAUGCCCUACUACUUCGAGAGAACGGGCAUAGCAGCUGGAGUGGGAGGCCUAGUCGUCGUUGCCAUUCUUGGAGGUGCGGGCGGUGGCCUCUGGGUCGUGCUCAGCCGCUACGUCAAAGGGUCGACCGUAGAGGCGAUCACUGGAGCGAGCUUUGGUAGGCACACGCGCUGGAAAGGUAACCUAGGGCGAGCCUUUUCUGGUAUCCUCUUGGCGGUGUAUGCGACCGGUGCAGCGGUCAUUGCGUACUUUGCGCUUGCCGAUCUCUUACUCCAAGUGCUUUUUCACUAUUUUCCGUCCGGAAGUGCGCUGCACGAUCGGGCGCUAGUCACGCUUCUCAUUGGUGGCCUCCUAACCACUCCUUUGGUCGUGUUCCCUCUCGCUAAGCGCACCCUGAUUCGAUUAUCAACCUUCUUCGCCGUCUCGCUCUAUCCUGUCAUCCUGGCCAUAGCGCUGUCGAAAGUCUACACGCUUGCGCCAGACGACUCUCACACACCGCACGACAAGCCAAGUUUGGAUCCUCACGACAAAAUUCCAAGUUUCAAUCCUCUACACGAUCCCAGCGUGUGGGCGCCCUACUCUUUGCUGCCUCUUUUGACCCUCUCGAGCAGUCCAUUGCAAAUUCUGGCGCACAAUAGGAGCUUGCGAAGAAGAGGUCUCAGUGGUAGCAAUGUCAAGGCUUUCUUGGCCGCCCAAGCUGCCCAAGUGUUCUUCGUGGUUGGCUUCAGUGUCGCUUUCGGCAUUGGCGUGGGAACGCAAGGCAUCAAAGAUCGGAUGGGCGUCGACAUUCAUCCUAAUCUAUUCGCGUCGCUACCGAGGGACGAUCAUCUCCUCAACUUGGCACGAGGCUUCUUCGUGCUCAUCCUCUCUUCGCACUUGGCGCUCUGUCUCGUCACGGCGCGCUCAUCCUGGGGCCGAUUGCUACGUCUUUUCCGUCUGAAUCCUUUGCGCAAACGUCAGGCGCAUGCAGCAGCAAGCAACGCAGCGGACCCCUCCCCUCGGUCUUACGCUGCGCUAGAGUCUCAACAACCGACCCGCCCAGCGCGAGCUGCAACUGGGACCGGCGGUAGGUCAACACGGAAGCCGCCACGGGCAUGGGGUAAGCUGGCACGCAACGCCUUGGGGGGCUUGAUCCUGUGGGGUCUGACGGCCUCCACGGCCUAUUUCAGCGGCGUAGGAGGCCUUCGAAGGCGCGAAAAGCAGGGCGAAGAAGCUCGCUUUGUGCACGGCAGCGAGGUAUUGGGUCUUUUGGGAGCUGCCGUCGGAUUCGUCACCCCUGCCCUGGUUUGGAUCAUCAUCUUCAUGCUCAGACAGCCCAGAGCCAUCUUGCCACUGGCUGCGGCUAGCCAGUGGAGCAAGAGCGCCGGCGCUUGGUUCAUGGGUCCCUUGAGCGUCUUGGCACGCAAUCGCGGAAGAGCGCGACAGGGAGAAAGCGAACCUUUAUUGAAUGGCGAGGCUUCUUCGCAAAGGUACAGGGAGUCUUUGGACACUAGAGGCAUUGUACCGCCUUCGGGGCAAGCUUCUGAAGAUCACGCAAGCUCGGCUCCGACUUGGCAGAACGAGGCUACGGCCGCUCUUUCGAGCGAUGAAGCGACGAGGAUUUUGCUGGCUAGAAAGGAACAUCAACUGCAGAAAAGGACCAGGAACAGGAGGCUGUACCAGGACAUUCUGGUAGUCUUUGGUAUUUUGCCGCUUGGCAUUGCCCUGAUCGUGCUCGGGACCAUGGAUCUUGCCCAUGGUGGUUGGUGAAGUCUUCUCGAGUUCAAUGUGGUCGAUCGACUCUCUUCUCUUACCUUCGCAUUCGCACCAUCUGUUUCUUCUCGAUUCCGCAACGCGGGUGUAUGUUUGCAGCGCCAUUUGCUUUGAAUUGUGCACUCAUCGUGUCCGAUCAGUAUUCCGAAAGCGGUGCAAAAAUUGCGGCCAGGGUUGCAGCGAAGAAAUUUCCGGAAUGCAUCGUGCACA